AACUGACAGCUAAACCGUGACACGGGGAUAGGCGGGUGCAGUGUUAAACACACACAGUCACUGUGUAACUGAGCUACUAGCAGUAAGAAGAUCUAGCAGCCUUGCUCAGUUAAAAAAAAACAUCAGCUGUCAGGUCUACACAAGUACUCCGAAGACUUUUUUAUUUUUUUUCAAAUCAUCUUCAGACGAACGCAAACCAUGAAUGGACCAGUAGAAGGUUUAGCUGACCACCAUAUGGAUGAUGUUGGAUCUUUUAUGUUUACUUCAGAGUCUGUGGGAGAAGGACAUCCUGACAAGAUCUGUGAUCAGAUAAGUGAUGCUGUUCUAGAUGCCCAUUUGAAGCAAGAUCCUGAUGCCAAGGUUGCAUGUGAAACAGUCUGCAAAACUGGCAUGGUUCUGCUUUGUGGGGAAAUAACAUCUAGAGCAGUUGUGGAUUAUCAGAAUGUUGUUCGCGACACCAUUAGGUACAUUGGCUAUGAUGAUUCUGAAAAAGGUUUUGACUAUAAAACCUGCAAUGUUCUGGUAGCUCUGGAACAACAAUCUCCUGAUAUUGCACAAGGUGUUCACUUAGACCGUAAAGAGGAAGAUGUUGGGGCUGGUGAUCAGGGAUUGAUGUUUGGUUAUGCCACCGAUGAGACAGAAGAGUGCAUGCCUUUGACUAUUGUGCUUGCACACAAACUAAAUGCAAAGCUAGCAGAAUUAAGACGGAAUGGUCAUCUUCCUUGGCUUAGACCAGAUUCCAAAACACAGGUUACAGUGAAGUACAUUCAGAAGAAUGGUGGUGUUAUUCCGGUCCGGGUACAUACUAUUGUGAUAUCAGUGCAGCAUGACGAGACCAUCUCUUUGAGUGACAUGCAGGAUGCCUUAAAGGAAAAAGUUAUAAAGACUGUUGUUCCUGCCAAGUACCUGGAUGAGAAGACAAUAUACCAUUUACAGCCAAGUGGCCGCUUUGUCAUUGGUGGUCCUCAGGGUGAUGCUGGUGUCACAGGUCGUAAAAUUAUUGUAGAUACAUAUGGCGGAUGGGGCGCCCACGGUGGAGGAGCUUUUUCAGGGAAAGACUAUACAAAAGUAGAUCGUUCUGCUGCCUAUGCUGCUCGCUGGGUUGCUAAAUCUUUGGUGCAUGCCAAGCUCUGCCAACGUGUCUUGGUUCAGGUGUCUUAUGCCAUUGGUGUGGCUUACCCUUUAUCAGUUUCACUGUUCACUUAUGGGACCUCUGAAAAAACUGAGAAAGAGCUGUUGGACAUUGUCAAUAAGAACUUUGAUCUGAGACCUGGAGUCAUUGUCAGGGAUCUUGAUUUGAAGAAGCCAAUAUACCAGAGCACAGCAUGUUAUGGCCAUUUUGGCAGAGAUGGAUUUCCCUGGGAAGUUCCAAAGGAAUUGGUGUUUUAACCAGAGAUAAAAGAAAAUAUAUUAUUGUGUAGGACUUAGGACAACAUAGGACAACAUUCUUCUUCUGGAAUUCCGACUUAACCAUUACUUAACUGUCAUGAUGACAUUGUGGAAAAUACCAUUAGGCAACAGCAGUGAAUAGAAAGCAAAAAGUUGAAAGCCAAGUGCAAGCAGAUAUUUUCUAUAUUAACUCACACUCUACUGUGCUGCGAAAUUAGCUUUUCUAUUAUCUGCUUACAUGUAGCUAAUGCUCAGUGCAUAGAUUUAGCCACUUUAUAUGAUGACGUAAUAAUGGUUCAUUUUGAGUCUUCUAUACAAGACUUUAAAAAUGUCUGAGAAAAUGAUGCAUGUUACAAAUUGUAAAAUAAUCGUGAAAAAUGUAAAACUAAUGAAAUUUACAGCUUU